AUAUGUAUAUAUAUUUAUAGUUGUCAUGGAGAUAAACUUAAUGUGUUCAGUGUGUUGAAGAGGACACACUAUAGGAGUGAACUCAUGCCUUCAUAUCCUGUGAAGCAAUGGAUGUGCAUUUCAAGCAAGUGCCUUGAAAGUAAAAGCCUAAGUUACUGAGCAGUUGUGACAACACAACUGCUCAAACGCAAGAUAAACACAGGUGGCGAGGGAAAAACUCCCUAAGAUGAUAUGAGGAAGAAACCUUGAGAGGAACCAGACUCAGAAGGGAACCCGUCCUCAUCUGGGUAACAAUGGAUCGUGUGAAAGUAAAGGAAAGUUCAUUAUGGUUUUAUAUGAAGUCUGUUUUGUUGAACUAAUCCACUGUUCACUAAAGGAGACCUGAGUGCAAAACUGCACGUUGUAAUUGCAGUCCCAAGGCCAUCGCAGCAACCGUAGUCCCAGCAAUCACAGCGAGAAUGUCCAUGUGGAAUUGAGGUCCAAAACCAUUUCCAUGGUACUUCAAGCGGUACCGUCCUCAGCAAUCUCCAGGCUGUAGCCUCCAGUUGAUGAGAUCUCCAUCCAGAGAUAGGGCUUCUGAACAGAUCAGGCAGGUCCAGAGAGCAGAAAGUGUCUCUAGUAUCUCCAUAAAAUCAUGUGUAGCUCGACAUGUGUUUCAACACACCUGUUUCAGUUGAUCAAGAGCUUCUUACGGCAAUGAAUAGAUGGUCAGGUGGGCACGAUUACGGUUGGAGCUAAAAUCUUCAGGAAGGUAGAUCUCCAGGAACAGGGUUGGUGACCACUGCUCUAUAGUAUACAAUUUAUUUACUUAUUUGUUUUAUAACUCAGUGUAUUCGCUUAAUUUAAAAAAUAAAUAAAUAAAUAAAUAAAUAACAAAAUCCCAUGACACUCGCUAAUUAUUAACACCAAAACGUUAAAUUUUUUGGCAUUUCCAGAAUAUUCCAGUAUUAACAAUGACUAUGUUUACAUGGACAGCAGUAAUCUAAUUAUUGACCUUAAUCUGAGUAAGAUAAUAAUGUGAUUAAGGUGUUUACAUGAGUCACUUUUAGAAUACUCCUGUCAUGUUCCCGUUUUACAUGUUUUAGAACAUAAUUAGAUUAACAGCCCGCGUCAUUACGUCACCGCGCCACGCCGUCCGACGUCCCUCCAGAAUUUCACGUAUCAACAUACAGUUCGUCUUCGUUAUGUGUGUUGAGCGUCAAUCAGGAUGUACAGCUUCAUGGGAGGAGGCCUUUUCUGUGCCAUUGUGGCCAACAUCCUCCUGGUGGUGUCCACAGCCACUGAUUACUGGAUGCAGUACCGCCUAUCAGGCAGUUUCGCUCAUCAGGGCCUGUGGCGCUACUGCAUGUCGGGCAAGUGCUACAUGCAGACGGACAGCAUUGCAUACUGGAACGCCACAAGGGCCUUCAUGAUCCUGUCAUCGAUGUCAUGCUUCGCAGGGAUCAUCGCCGGCAUUCUUUCCUUCACCCACUUCUCUGGAUUUGAGAGAUUCAGUCGUUCCUUUGCUGCAGGGAUCAUGUUUUUCGUUUCGACUCUCUUUGUUUUUCUGGCCAUGGCGAUCUACACCGGGGUGACGGUGAACUUCCUGGGAAAGCGCUUUGGUGAUUGGCGUUUCUCCUGGUCCUACAUACUCGGUUGGGUUGCUCUGCUCAUGAACUUCUUUGCAGGAAUAUUUUACAUGUGUGCUUACAGGAUGCACGAGUGCAGGCGAGUCGCCGGAUCACGCUAGAUGGAUAAAAACAAGAGGAAUCCAUAGCGGAAUUGUAAUAUGUUGUUAGUAUAUUGCUAAACAUAAAUGAAAGAUAUUAUAGUAGAUAUUAACUUCAUAGGAAGGACAAGGAUAAGCAACUAGCAAGCCUCUUUCCAGAAAAAUCAAGUCACUGAAUCAAUCUCAAGAGUAAAUCAGAGUAAAUGGUGGAAAAGCAUUAAAAAUGUCCUGAAGUUAAUGGCAGUCUCUGUUUAACUCUGAUAAAUGACUUUCACUUUCAGCAAUAACAACAUUAUCAUCAUCAAAGCAGUGUCGAAAUUUAAGUGGCAAAGUGAACAGGAUGUAGAUUGAAAUGUUGCAUUCAAACUGGGCAGAUUUGGGGCAGAAUAAAUGAUCAGCCCAUUCGGAGAUUUUUUAUUGGCUGUGUUUAUUUGGGUUUAGAACACAUUGUGUGGUUUUUAAUAAUGUAUAGUAAACAUUUCAUAUGCCAGGAAGUAAGAAAUAUUUGCCUGAACAUCAGUGACAAAGUACAUUGACUGCUUUCAGAAGCGUCUUCCCAUCAAUAAUGUAAAUAAAUAAAUAAAUAAAUAAAAAAUAAUAAUAAAAAAUGGUUAAGCACUUAUAACAGCAUAAUCAAUCGAGACAUUAAAUUUGACCUCUGACCUCAUUUUUCUUAACUCUUGAAAAUGAAUUUGUGGCCCAUAUUUGGCCCUGGGACUGCAAUUACAACUUGUUUUGCACUCGGGUCUCCUUUAGUGAACGGUGGAUUAUUCCAACAUACAGACUUCAUAUAAAAACCAUAAUGAA